CGUCGCUAGUGUGCGCUAGUGUUUUAUUUUUUUAAUCGUGUUCCGCAAAAUUUAACAUGAAUGUAAUAUCGUUGACCGUUUGGACGUUAGAGAAUAAUUGUUUUAUAAUAUAUGCGGCCAUGAUAGUGUGUUUUAUCGCGUUUACAAUGUUCCACAAGAAUAGAAUGGAAGCGCAUUACAGCAGGACUGCAGCUAAAAAAAAAUUCGCGCCAACCGGCGGUGGAAGAGAGAGGGAUUAUCCUAAUGACGAAGAUGACCCGGACCUCUUAGUACCCGCUAUCUCAGAGGACACCCCUCACAUCCCCUACAGACCGCUGAAGUGGUCCGAUGACGUGGUCCUACAGAGGUCCCGCGAGUAUUACGAACUGAUGGCGAAGAGAAGAACUGUUAGAAGCUUUAGUAAUGAACCUAUCCCACAAGAAGUACUGGACAAUAUCGUAAAAACUGCAGGCACCUCACCAUCUGGAGCACACACCGAACCCUGGACCUUCAUAGUAGUCCAAGACCAGCAAACGAAAUCAGCAAUCAGAAGUAUUGUAGAAGAAGAGGAAGAUUUAAAUUACUCCAAGAGGAUGUCCAGACAAUGGGUGACGGAUCUCAAACCCUUCGCCACUAACGCCACAAAGCCAUAUUUGAGUGAUGCACCAGCUCUAAUCUUAGUCUUCCGACAGACUCACUCCUGGAGAGAAGACGGGAGGAAACGGAUGCAUUAUUAUAGUGAAAUUAGUGUAGCAAUUGCUGCUGGGAUUUUACUAGCUGCUAUUCAGUACUGCGGUCUCGUGGCUCUUACAUCGACACCUUUGAACUGCAACCUGCCGGUGGGAAAACCACACUCGGAAGCCACCGUUCCAGAUAUAGCGAGGAAAUCUUUAGAAGAAAUUAUGAUCAAAGUUUGAAGACUCUAGUUUUAAUUUUAUAGCGAAUUAGGAAUUUUUAUAUUUAAAGGAAUUGCUAGGUCUAUGAAUUCUUAUAUUUUAAUUUAAAUGUAAUCUUUGUAAUACCAAAAAUGCUUAAAAAAACACUGAUAUGCUCAAUUAACUAAAGCCAAUUUUGAUAACUGCACAAAAUCAAAGUAAUUGUUGCUUAGAUUCAAAAAGUUAUAUAAAACACAAUUUGUAUACUUUGAAUAAUAAAAACUU